ACACCGUUGAAGUUAUUUUUGUUAAUAUUUCGGCGCGAACGCAUCGUUCAUUCUCGCGCGUUCAUGUACCUUCCCCCCGCGCUCGUCAGUACCGCGUGAGCCACCGGCGACGUCACAGGUGCCCGCGGUUAGCCAAGGUGAAUAAUGGCUGCUAAUGACGAGCUUAUUGCUAGGUGGUUAGAAGAAGUUCCGUCAGAUGAAGAGGACCUGGUAAAUGGAGUUUUUAGUGAUGUUGAAGAUGAUGUUGGUGACGGCCACGUCCUAGAAGAAAUCAGCGGCUCCGAUUCUGAAAUUGAAGGUGAGGAAGAACCAAUUUUAACUAAUCUUCAAACUAGAAAUUCGCCUUCCGUAUCGUCUGUUCAAACCUCAUCAGACGAUGAUGUGCCACUGUUAGAGUUGAGGUCUCGUCCCAGAAAGAAGAAUUUUUUUGGCAAGAAUCGAUUUCGUUGGUCUUCUGAGCCUCCACAUUAUCGUUCCAGAACAUUACAACACAAUAUUGUACUGGAAAAAGAAGGUGUAAAGCCAGAGUACAGAACGGCUAUAAACGCUUCUUCUACUCCACUUGAUAUCUGGAGUAAAUUUUUUACUGAUGAUAUUUUGAAUAAAAUUGUACAACACACCAACCAAAAGAUUCGCGAAAUAAGACCGAAAUACAAUAAGCAAACUAAUGUUCAAGAUAUAGAUUUGAUAGAACUAAAAGCAUUCAUUGGAUUACUUUUCUACACUGCCAUAUUCAAAGAAAAUAGGGAACAUUAUACAUCAUGGUAUAAGACGGAUGGUAGCGGCAGAGAAAUAUACAGGUGUAUCAUGAGUAAAAGUCGUUUUGAAGUUUUACUAAACACUAUACGCUUUGAUGAUGCUACUACAAGAGCGGCACGGCGAGAAACUGACGCCUCUGCACCUAUUUCAGAGCUUUUUGACAGCUUCAUCAAACAGUGCCAAGCUGUUUACUCGAUUGGUAGCUACGCAUGUGUGGAUGAAAUGUUAUUAGCCUUUCGAGGACGGUGCCGAUUCAAGAUGUACAUGCCAAAGAAACCAGCCAAAUACGGCCUAAAAAUAUUAUGCAUUACAGAUGCAAGGACUGGUUACCUUCUCAAUGCAUAUAUCUACUUAGGUAAAGACUCUGAUGGCCUAAAUUUGCCUUCACAAUAUAACCGACUGAAGAAACCUACACAGGCAGUAAUGAGACUAAUUUCUCCAAUAGAAGGGUCUAACAGAAACGUAACCACAGAUAACUGGUUCACGUCCCUAGAGCUUGCGGAUUUACUAAAAGAGAAACAACUGACAUUAGUGGGCACUCUGAGAAAAAAUCAGCGAGAAAUACCAUCAGAAUUCUUGCCCUCUCGUUAUCGACACACUGAAUCUUGUCUGUUUGGAUUUACAAAAGAUGUCACAUUAGCAUCGUUUGUUCCCAAACCAAAUAAAGCGGUUAUAAUGCUCUCAAGUAUGCACCAUUCACCAGAGGUCGAUGACAGCACAAAGAAGCCAGAGAUUAUAUUAUUUUAUAAUAGCACUAAAUUUGGUGUAGAUUUGCUUGAUCAGAGAUGCUCAAACUAUUUUACGGCCCGUCGAACACGCCGAUGGCCUUUGGCCAUAUUUUAUAGGUUACUCGACGUGUCGACCUCGAAUGCCUAUGUUGUAAGCUUAUCAGCCCAAGCACAGAAGAAAGAAACCAGAUUCCACUUUAUCAAGAUGCUGGCAGAACAACUCACAAGACCUUACAUGGAAUGCAGAGUAAAAAGUAUUCAUAUUCAACGGGACCUCAAAUUUGCUCUCCGUCGGAUCCUGCAAAUCCAUGAAGCAGACACACCAGCUGUUGCAGGUGGUAGCUGUGAUAAGCUGGAAAUACGUAAGGUGUGUUCCACUUGUGACCCAAAGAAAAAACGCAAGACACAAUACCUGUGUUUCAAUUGUAAAGUUUCAAUAUGUCUCGAAUGCUCAAAUAAGCUGUGCAUUCACUGCCGCGAGAAUCGCUAA